GGAGCAGCGCAUGCUGGGAUUCCUUCUCUUCCGUGGGACUAAGGAAGUGUAUUUUGAAUGAGGUAUUGAGGGCCAAGGUGUUGGAAAUUCCUAAUUAUUUUCCUCGGUUAACUGAAUCUCUGCGUAUUGGAAGGGCCUGUCUUCAGUCUUCAGGCCGGGAGAGAUAUUGGACGCCGCGCACGCACUCCUCUGGCAGCUAAGGACCAAAAGGGAAGCCUAGCGGAGCACAGUGUGGCAGCUGCUGGCCUCCGGGACGCUACUUGUCAUACCAUGCUUUCCUGUGAUAUUUGUGGAGAAACAGUAACCUCAGAACCAGACAUGAAGGCUCACCUUCUAAUUGUUCACAUGGAAAAUGAAAUUAUAUGUCCGUUUUGCAAGUUGUCAGGUGUGAAUUAUGAUAAAAUGUGUUUUCAUAUUGAAACAGCUCAUUUUGAGCAGAAUACACUUGAAAGAAACUUUGAGAGGAUAAAUACAGUACAAUAUGGAACUUCAGAUAACAAGAAAGACAACACUCUACAGUGUGGAACAGAAGUUAAUUCAAGUAUUCAUUCAGGUUGUACAUCUAAUCCAAAAAAUUCAGCUCAAAGCCUGAUUAAAGAUAGUACUUUAAAACAUGAAGCCUUUUAUUCAGAGAACUUAAGUGAAUCUAGAAAAUUCCUGACAAGUAAGGAAAAACAGUCUGGCUUGACCGAAAUAAAAGGAUCUAUUUAUGAAACAACGUACAGUCCUCCCGAAUGUCCUUUCUGUGGAAAAAUAGAGGAGCAUAGUGAAGAUAUGGAAACUCAUGUGAAAACAAAGCAUGCCAAUCUUUUAGACAUUCCAUUGGAAGACUGUGAUCAACCACUCUAUGAUUGUCCAAUGUGUGGGCUCAUAUGUACAAAUUACCAUAUUCUUCAGGAACAUGUUGACUUGCAUUUAGAAGAAAACAGCUUUCAACAAGGCAUGGAUAGAGUCCAGUGUUCUGGUGAUCUGCAGUUGGCUCAGCAACUUCAGCAAGAAGAAGACAGAAAGAGAUCUGAAGAAUCAAGACAAGAAAUAGAAGAAUUUCAGAAGCUACAGAGACAAUAUGGUUUAGAUAAUUCUGGAGGAUACAAACGACAACAACUACAAAAUAUGGAGAUAGAAGUAAAUAGAGGAAGAAUGCCUCCAUCUGAAUUUCAUAUAAGAAAAGCUGAUAUGAUGGAAUCAUUAGCUAUUGGUAUUGAUGAUGGAAAAACAAAAACUUCUGGAAUUAUUGAAGCACUUCAUAGGUAUUAUCAGAAUGCUGCCACGGAUGUGAGGCAGGUGUGGCUUUCUUCAGUGGUGGAUCACUUUCAUUCAUCUUUAGGCGACAAAGGUUGGGGUUGUGGUUACAGAAAUUUCCAAAUGCUACUUUCAUCAUUAUUACAAAAUGAUGCUUAUAAUGAUUGCUUAAAAGGUAUGUCGAUUCCUUGCAUUCCAAAAAUUCAAUCCAUGAUUGAAGAUGCAUGGAAGGAAGGUUUUGAUCCUCAGGGGGCCUCUCAACUUAAUAACAGGUUACAGGGAACAAAGGCCUGGAUUGGAGCAUGUGAAAUAUAUAUACUCCUGACCUCCCUAAGGGUAAAGUGUCAUAUUGUUGAUUUUCACAAGUCAACUGGUCCUUUGGGUACACACCCUUGCUUAUUUGAAUGGAUAUUAAACUAUUAUUCUUCAGAGGGAGAAGGGAGUCCAAAGGUAGUGUGUACAUCUAAACCUCCCAUCUAUCUUCAGCAUCAAGGUCACAGUCGAACUGUUAUUGGAAUUGAAGAGAAAAAAAACCGAACAUUAUGUUUACUAAUAUUUGAUCCUGGAUGUCCUUCUCGAGAAAUGCAGAAAUUAUUAAAGCAAGACAUAGAGGCUAGCAGUCUCAAGCAACUUCGGAAAUCUAUGGGAAAUUUAAAACAUAAGCAAUAUCAGAUAGUAGCAGUAGAGGGCGCUCUUUCUCCAGAGGAGAAAGUUGCCAGGAGACAAGCUUCUCAAGUCUUUACAGCCGAGAAGAUUCCUUGAAGAAUUAAGCAUUUCAGUGAUUGAGAACAAUACUUUGUUUUCUAAAUGUUGAUAUUGAACUCCUUAACACAAUUAUGAAUCUGUGAAUUCUCUAAGUACUUAAUAUAUAAUUUAAUCUCUAAAAUGCCUGUGUUAAUUAAAUUAUGCCUAUCAUACUUCAUUGUUUGGUAAUUAUUUCAAUAAAAUGUCUUGUUUUUGCAUUGUG